AUGGCUGCUGCUGCGUCUUCUUCUCCACCGCCAUUUUUCUCCUCCAUUGAGCUCGUUUCUGUUGCUGCUGCUGCGUCUUCGUCGUCGUCCGCUGCUUCAUCUUCUUCAGUCGACACCAGCGUCCAUCGUCAAACAACCACCCCCAGNUCUUCGUCAAGCUCGAGCUUGAGCUCGACACCCAUGGCUGCUGCUGCGUCUUCUUCUCCACUGCCAUUUUUCUCCUCCAUUGAGCUCGUUUCUGUUGCUGCUACUGCUGCGUCUUCGUCGUCGUCCACUGCUUCAUCAUCUUCAGUCGACACCAGCGUCCAUCGUCAAAUGACCACCCCCAGCUGUGGUCUCGUCGUUCGACAGCAGCAACCAGUGACCCCAGCAAACGCAGCUGCUGUCUCGCCAUUCUUCAGCUCACCCAGUCGCCACCCUCACGUCCAAAACGACUGCCCUUUCCCCCUCAUCACCAUAACUGACCAAAAAACACACACAAAAACACACGCUGAAGCCCACCUGAAAACGCUCCAAAAUCGCCCAGAAGUUCUGUCCGGGGUGAGGUCCGUUCGAGUUCGUCGUUGGUCAAUCGUUGUUCGUGGUUCCAAUCCGGCAGAAAGU